AUGAGUAAAUUGAAGAGGUCAAAUCCCUCAAGUAGCUCAAAGGCAGCUUCAUUACUUGAAAAUUGCGGACAUAAUACUUCUAGUGAAGUAUCUACAGCAUUAUGGAAUGUAUUUGAAGAAUUUUCCAAUACUUAUAACUCAGGAAUACCAACUAAUAGUGAAAAAAUGGAGUUAAAUGGACUAGAUCCUGUCUUAAUUCCUAUUUUUAGGAAUAUAACAAAGAAAGAUACUGAAACUAGAAUUAGGGGGUUGAAAACUUUAUUUGAAAAAAUGAAUUUAUACAGAAAUGCAAGUAAAGAUCUAGUACUAUCUCCAAUUAAUUGGAAUUCUUGUAUAUCACAUUUUGCUUAUGUAUAUAUUAGGCUUGGAGUAUAUGAUUCAAAUAUUCAGAUAAGGAAGCUGGCUAAUGAAUGUUUGUAUUUUUUACAUAAUAUUGUUGGUGGUGAGGCAAUAACUAAGUAUGCAACACAAUUAUUUCCUGCUUUAUGGAUAUCUUGUAGUGAUACAAGAUCAGAAGUAUCAAAAGCUGCUGAAUUUUGUCUUGAAUCAUUAAUUACUAAAAAUAGGGAUGCUAGAAUAUAUCAUUUAAUAAACUAUUGUAAAAUAAAUUUAUUCAGUAUAUAUGGAAAGAUUUUAGGGUGCAAUAUUAAUAGUCUUAAAGAUGAAUUAAAUAUUGACACUUCAUCAUUAAUUGAAGAAGAAGAACUUUAUGAUCGUCUUAUUUCUACUUCAAUGGGAUCUAUUAGGAAUACAUUAAGAAAUCUUAUUAAAACAAAUAUUGAACUUGCAAUCAGUAUGGCAUCUUACUUUGUAUUUUCAAAUUUUCCCGACAUAAUUUCAAAGUUAAUAGAAGAUUCUGAUUUAUUAUUCAUAAAUAAGUAUAUAAAAAGUGGGAUAUUAUGGAAAUUUAUUUCACGAUCUUAUAGAUCAUCUGUUAGAGUUAGUUCAAUACAGACAUUACAACUUUCUCUAAGAAUACUGAGGGAUAAUUUCCCUAAUAUGGACUUGAGUAAGUAUAUUUAUCCAUUAAAAAAUACAUUUAUUAAUACAAUGAAAUGUCUUGAUGAUUAUAAAGAUAUAUCUGUUCAAUCAGUCUCAUUCGAAUUUACUGUUGUAUAUUUUCAAGUAUUUCCUUCUAUUUGGAACCAGUCUACAAUUGAAGAGCCACUAAUUACUUUCUACAAGGUCUUAUUUACUUGUCUUAAAAAGCCAAAUUUACUAUGUUGUGAUUUAUUAUAUAGUAACUUACCUUUUAUUUUAAAAUAUAUCCCAAUUGAGAUUUUACUAGAACAAGCUAAUAGUAAGCUGUCCUCAGAUAAGCAGAUUUAUAUUCACCUUGACAAUUCGACUUUUUCUACGAAUGAUAUAACUCCAGGUAAUACUUUAUCAUUAUGUAGUUUAAUUACAUCCAAUACAUAUUUAAAUAUUCCAAUAUUAUGUUCAUUACCAUUACUAAUUUUAUCAGCUAUUUUACAGGACUCUAAUACUACCGAACAAUAUAGAAGAAAUAUGGUACUAGAAAACUGGUUUUUUACGAUAGGUAUUCCAAACAAAACCCUAUUUUUAAGCUCGGUUAAAUCAUAUUAUGAAAUUUUAAUUCUUUUAGUAUCGGAAAUAACCAAUUACAGAGGAGAUACAAACUAUGAUAGUUUAAUUGAAAGUUUAUAUAAAUACUACUCAAAUAUAAUGUGGUCCCCUUUAACUCUUUCUCUUACAUCAUCAAUAGAUAAUAUAAAAGGUGAUUUAGAUCAAAAGACUUAUUACAGAUAUCAACUUCAAUUUUCCAGUACUUUAGAAGCAUCAAAACCGUUGCAUAAAAUAGCAAUUGAAGAAUGUUAUAAGCAUACAUUAUUGGAUGCACUAGAGAAUCUUUCAUACUGUUUGCAACAAUAUUGGAAAGGGAUAUUUGAUAGUUUUGAAAGUUCAUUAACUGAAAAAUUUUGUAAUAAAGAUAUGAGUCUAAAUAAACUUGAGAUUACUCACUUAUUUCCAUAUUUUGUAGCUACUUACUUAGAAGUAUGUCCCCAAUUCAUUAGUUAUAUUUUUGACUGGUGGAAUUUAUUAUUUAGCAAAGUAUUUAAUAUUUUAAGAAAUAGAAAUGAAGCAUUAAACUUAAAUAGAUGCUUGAAAUUUAUUAAAGAGUUUGCCUUAAAACUUUUAAUCCCCUCUCUAUUAAAUAGUAAAUGCUCAUUUUCAUCUUCUAUAUUUAUUCAGCAAUUUAAAGAAUUAAUAAAUUUAUUUAGUGAAGGUGACUUAGAUAUUGUAAUUAUCUCGAAUAUUUUACAAUCAAUAAUCUCACCACUUUUGAUUAUAGAUAAUGAGAAUUUCCCAAGAAAGAUAUUUUUCAGAAACUUGAUUGAAUCUAUACAAGUAUUACCACAAGUUUAUACUUUCUUACUCUGGUCAGUAAUUUAUGGUUUUCUAACUGAAUAUUUAGAUGUAACUGAAAUACAUAGUUAUUGGAAUUCAACUUCAGUAUCAUUUCCAAUUAAUAAUAAUGAUUCUAUAGGUGAUAUUAUUGAUUGGAUGAAUAGUACUAGGAGUGUUAUUUAUAGAAUCAACUCUUGUAAUAAAGUAGAGAAAACUUCAGACAAGGACUCCAAACGAACUAUUGAAAUAAUUUACAUAAAUAUUUUAAAGUUAUUAGAGUGUUUAUGCCAAACACACUUUAUUAAAAAUAGAGUAUUUCAAAUUACACUUGAAAAACUUGGGUUAAAUGAAUUUUUGGAAGUUUCAAAUUGCCUCGCACUGGAGUUACCACAUCCCACCUAUACUGUUAGUCUGGGAGAGCUACCCAGCUAUAUAAAAAGUGUAUCUGAAGUUUACAAGACAGCAUGCAAAUUAAUAGCUAUAUAUAUUGAGCUGAGUAAUGAAUACAUUGAAGAUAUUUUGGAUUAUAUUGUAACUUUGUUUAUGUAUUAUAUUCCAGAGAUUUUAUACAAAUAUGAUGGAACUAAAAAUGAUUUAUAUGAGCUUCUGGAUAAAGUAUUACUAAUUAUUUUUAAAAGAUACCCUGAAAUUCAUAUGAAACUUAUUUUAGACUUGCGAGGAUUUUUUUUAUAUAUUACUUGUGGCAUAUUAACUACAGAAUAUUCAAAUUCAUACUGCAAAUUGGAACAAGAAUCCUUAAUAUUAGAUAAUCCUAGAGAUAAAUUAACUUUGAGAUGGAAUGGGCCAAUAAAUAAAUAUUUAUAUUCUGAAUAUAGCAACAUUAAUUCUAUGAUAUAUAGAAUUGCUGUAAUUAUGCAUAGGGAAAUUAAUUUGCAGUUACCUAAUAAAACAAAUUUUAUUUUUGAUUUAAAAGAAAUUGUAAAACAGUUUGGUCUUGAAAAAUUUUAUGAUAGUACUGAAAUAAGGUAUAAUAUAUUGGGUACUGAAUCAAUUUUCUUAAAUAAGUUUAUCCGUAUUUACUUAGAUCUCUGUGAAUGGACUGGUGAUGAUAUAGAAAAUUCACUAAGUGAACAUUCAGAACUGGAUUGCAACUUUUUCCAUAGAUUUUGUUGGCAGAUUUUGGUUCAGAUAAUAUCUUCUCAAUGGUGUCUUAAACAAUUUAAUAUAUUAAAAAAAUUAUAUAAAUACUCAAAUGAGUCAAGUAAAAGUUCUAAUUAUUCCCUAAUACCUUUUUCUGAAGGUUCAGGAAACAAUUUAUUUAAUCUUUUUGAUCCAAAUGUGAAAACUUACCAAGAAGAUUUUUUAAAUUGCAAUUUUACAUCUUCCUUGUACAAAUAUAUAUCCAAUAAUGAUGUAAAGUAUUUGUAUAAUUUAAAGUUCUGUUUACAAUCAGUCCUUUCUGCAUAUUCUCUGAAUAAUGAUCAAAAUUGCAGUUAUCAGAAAUAUGGAAUAAUAAACUUACUUUUAAACAUUAUAUUUUAUAAUAAUUCAACUCAAAUAAAGGGGAAUAUGUUAGAUGAAAUUUUAUCUUUAAUUACUGAAUUAUUAAAUGAUAAGAAUACACCUAACAUAGCAAUACUACUUGAAUGUACUUUAAAUAUAUGUGAAUCGAAUACAAAUUUAUCAUCUAAUUUUCAUGAUAUCAUUCAUAUUUUAGAUAAAUUGCAAGUUGAUAGCUGGCAGACUAUUAGACAGAUAAUUGCAAACUCAGAAGUGACGGAGCAUGAGGAUAUGAAUGAUUUACAUAGAUUUAAUGACUUGAUUUUAUGCAAAAACUCCUUAUUUUGCAGAAAAUUAAUAGAUAAUGAAUUAAUUGGAGUUGACUUACUAUAUACUUCAAUUGAGUUUUUGGAGUACUUUUUGAGUAUACUUGAUACCAGUUUUACUUUAGAAGCAUUGCAUGAUACUGAAUACUUAAAUAUAAAUAUGAUUACUACCUUGUGUGAAUCUAUUGCUUCUAUUUUACUCAAUAUUUCGAAUUUUAUUGAUAGAAGAGCAACGAAUAUAUUUGAUAUAUGGAGUAUUAAUGAAGGAGAGAAGGAAAAACUAGUGAAUAGUAUGUAUAACAUGAUUCUCCCAGGUGAAAAAUAUGAUCUACUCCGGAACUUCAUAAACCUAGAAGUUAUUUUUCAUCGUAUAAUUGGUAAUUUCCUAGAAUUUGUUACAAAUUCUUUGGAGUUAGAAAUUGAUAAUAUACAAAAUUACUUUAAAAGAUGCGAGUUUAUAACUUAUAUAAUUCGAUUAUUACAAAGGACUUUGUGCAACGUAUUAUAUCUAUCAAAAAGUAUUAAAGUAUUAUGGACGUUUAAUAUUUCAAUAGGAGAAACUGAUCAAUCAGCUGUUCUUUGUGAUAUAACAAUACCAAUUGAAACAAAUAUAAUUUUAAUGAUGGAUAGAAUCCUUGGAGUAUCAGUGGCUAAUCUUUUUCGGAAUUUUUCAAAGAGUUUACCAAUAAUAGAUUUAAUACCACUUUACAUUGUGGAAUUUGUUCCAAUUACUGAAAAUUUAGAAAUAUCUGCAAAGUCUUGGCUUUAUUCACUAAAUUCACUGGAAAUAUGUACUAGAAAAGAUUGUGCAAUGGAAAUAUCUAAAUUAUUUACAACUUUUAUCUUAGCACUUCAUAUCCCUGUUAUACAAUUACUUAAAGAUUACCCAUGGUUUAACUCACAAUAUGAAUAUGAUGAUACUUCACAGGCUAUACAAAGUCUAUCAAAUAUGGAGCAAAGCAUUUCGAAAUUUUCUAUAAUCAGUGAUAUCCCAGAUAGUCAAAAGGUAAAUUUUAAAGAUGAAUUACUAAUGAUCUUAGAGGAUAAACAAUAUUUGCAUAUAGACAAUAAAACUAAAUCUCAGAACUUUGACAAUAAUAAUAAUAAUAAUUUUUUAGAAUUCAAACAAAUUCAAGAGGGAUUCCGUGUUAUAGUUUCUCAUUGGAGAAGACUUGUUGGGCCAACUUUAGCACAGCAAAUACUUGAGACAUAUUUAACAUUGGCAUCAAUAGCAUUAUUUAAUAGUCAAGAUGAAGAUCUUGUAACUACUAAUAAAGUUGGUAGUAAUUUUGAUAGUAUAAGGUGGGAAUCAAUAAAAGUAGAUGUGUUGCAACGACUCGGUUGUUGGUUAUUUAUCAUCCCUGGAUUAAUUCCAGAUUCCUUUGUGUAUAAAACAGAAGAAAGUAAUGAAAAUAAUAAAUCUAAGAGAAGUCUUAUUUCCUAUAUUGAAGUGCUACUAAACAUUAGCCCAACAAAGGUAGGUGAUGCAGUACUCGCUUCAGAAAUAGAUAUUACUGACAAUUCUUAUAAAGAUCACUUUUUACCUUCACCUAUUAACCUAGAGGAUAUACAAAUUUCAAAUAUAUUAGUUACUCCAUUCUGCACAAAUUUCACAGAAGAUGAGUUUUUGGGAAUACUGGGAUCAACUUGUCCAAACUAUAGAUUCCUAUUAUUGUCAAAAAAUUAUAAUAUAUUACAUCGAAUUAUUCGUAUGUCUUUGAUUGAAGUACUUAUAGAACUUUCAUAUAUGACUAUUAUGCUCAUAGAGCACUGGAGUGAUAUGGGAGAUGAAGAGUUAAACUUGCUUAAUAAAAAUAAAAAAUCAGAAUUUACAAGAACUUAUAGUAAAAACACAAAUUGGAUUGAAACUUUCAAACAUGCUUCACUUUCUGAGAGAAGGUUAUUAUUAGAGAACCAGCUUGAUGAUCUUGUCAAACCUCUAGACUUAGAUUCUGUAAAAUAUAAGGACUCAAUUGGAUAUAUCUGGAAUCCAGCAAACUCAACAUUAGCUUGGUUAUUAGCAGUCAGAAUAUUGUUUUCAUUAUUAAUUCGUUUUCCUAGUAUUAUUAGGAAUUUGUGGCAAUAUAGCAAUAGUGAAAAGGCACAGAAAUGUCUGCAAAAUAUGACCAGACAUUAUUUCUCCCCAUCAUUGAUCAAAAGAGAAAUAGAAAUGAUGCCUGAAAUUGUUACAAGUGUAACCAAUGAUUGUAGUGAAGAAACGAGUAUAAAGUAUAUGUGCAAUGAAUCUUCCAGGAUACUUAAGAUAAACUAUGAAAAUAAGGAGGUCGAAGUAUCUCUUAUUAUUUCCUUCUCUCAGUUACACCCACUUAUAAUUCCUAAGGCCAGCAUACCUUCUAUUCCAGGUAUUUCUAAGAAACAAAUUUCUCAUUGGCUGGUACCUGUUAUAAGGACUAUAAAACAUGGUACAUUGGGUUCAGCAAUUUCAAUAUGGGCACAAAAUGUACACCUUCACUUUAGAGGUAUGGAUGAGUGCCCAAUUUGUUAUUCAAUAUUGCAUACACAAUAUAAGACAUUACCCAGGAAAAGUUGUCAAACAUGUAAACAUAUCUUCCACAGUGAAUGCAUUUACAAGUGGUUUAGAUUAUCUCACAAAACAACAUGUCCAUUGUGUGUAAAUAUAAUGCAAUAA